GAAUGUGUGAAAUAUAAUAUAAUGCAAUAAAAUAUUACUGGUCUAUUGUCUGUAACAAAAAUCAUUUCAAUAGUGGAUGAAUAAUUCUAAUAAGAGGCUUCGUAUUACAGAACUAUAAUUCCCACAAUACAACAUGGGCUUCUUCUGCGCUCAUACUGGAAGUGACGUUGCAAUCACCGGAAGACACAUUUCCGUUUGUUUUUAUUUUUGAGGACGAAGUUUUAGCAUUUACAGUUCACUUACCUUUGCUUAAUCACACCAGAUUCCCACCGCAAGUCGGUUAAAUUCUUUGAAAGAGACUUACAAAGCAUCAAAACUGGCCCCUCCACUGCCCGUCACCAUGCCCGCUCUGUUGGAGAGACCCAAACUGUCCAACGCCAUGGCCAGAGCUCUCCACAAACACAUCAUGAGGGAAAGGGAACGAAAGAGACAAGGCAUGCUUAUUUUACCAUAUAUAUUUGUCAUAACCUACGGAAAUGCUGUGCUAAUAGAUUGUUUUUGUCAAUGGUUUUCAGAAGAGGAAGAGGUGGACAAAAUGAUGGAACAGAAAAUGAAGGAGGAGGAAGAAAGGAAACGAACAAAAGAAAUUGAGGAGAGGAUGUCUUUGGAAGAAACAAAAGAACAGGUUAUGAAAAUGGGGGAAAAACUCCAGGGGCUUCAGGAAGAAAAACACCAACUCUUUUUACAGCUCAAGAAAGUACUUCAUGAAGAGGAGAAGAGGCGCCGAAAGGAACAGAGUGACAUCACAACACUGACUUCAGCAAGCUAUCAGCAAAGUCUGCCCAUGCAUGCAGGACAGCAUCUCCUUAGCAUUCAAGGUAGUCCAGUGACCCACAGUCGACCUGGAGCCUUACUUGGAGAACGGAGCAAGCAGCUUUUUCCAACCACUGUUAUUCCAGGUCGUCAUUAUCAGACCCCAGGGUUUAGCUCUGGUUCAGCGGAGCACAGCCAGUUCACUGGAGGACAGAGUGUACAUGAACCUUAUGGUGUGGCACAAGCUCAGCAUCCCUCCACAUAUGCCCCAGGACCUUCUGUACCUGUCAGCUUCGCAAGCAGCUCUCAGAUAAGAGGUGCAUCUGCAUUCCAGGCAAUGCAGUACCUCCCUCAUCAGCAGACCGCAUAUCCAGUGCACAGUCAUUUCACUUCUCAAACUGGGUACAUUCCUGGAGCAGGUAUCCCUCUCCAAAAGCAGUUGGAACAUGCUAAUCAACAGUCUGGCUUCACAGAUGCAGGUGCUCUGAGACCCAUGCACCCCCCAGCUAUGCAUCCUUCGGCUUCCGGCCUGUUGCCCACGCCAUCAAUGGGAGUUCAGAUUCCCACUGCUAAGGCUCCAUUCCAGAGCUCUCCUCAGGGUGCGCCUCGUCACGGUUUCCUCCCUCACAGUCAGAGCAGCCAGAGAUUUUAUCACCAUGGAAAGUGACUUGGAGCUCAUUGGAAUACUGUCAAGACACAAAGGAAUUAUGGUUGUCUUUUAAACUCUCUUUAAACUUUGUCAUUUAAGCUUAUUUGUUGUAGAGUUAAUUUAGUUAGCUAAUCAUGCUCUGUUCUUGUAAAAUUGUUUUAACUUCAAAUCAUGAUCAAAGAGCUUUUUUUUAUCUCAAUUGCAAUGUAAAGCCACUGUUUUACUUUUGUAAAUAUUCUGUACAAAGCAGCACUGCAUGGACAUAUUUCUUUGUACUAAUGCUUUUAUUGGUUUAUAUUACUGAUUGAUUGGGCCUGUUCAGUAGUAUAAGGGGUAAGAUAUGUAUAGUAACCUAAAGACCAAUGUUAGAGCUGAAACACUGACUGAAAGCAGAAAAACUUUACUUGCUUUAAGAUAAAUUUAGCCUUAAAGAUUUAAAUCUGUUGUUUUUAAAACGUUUAUGAUAUUAAAGAAAAAGAUGCCACCUUUAA